AUGUUCGCUCGCACUGCUGCCCGCACGCUCGCCGCCCCCUCGUCCAGACUUUUCUCAUCGUCUGCUUCAAGAUUGACCAAAGUCGCUGUUUUGGGUGCUGGAGGAGGAAUUGGACAACCUCUCUCGUUGCUGCUAAAGAGCGACCCACUGGUGACAUCUCUGAGCUUGUACGACAUUCGUGGUGCUCCUGGAGUCGCCGCGGAUGUCAGCCACGUCGACACUGGAAGCGAGGUUACCGGCUAUGCUGCUGACCAGCUCGAUCAGGCCCUGGAGGGUGUCGAGGUCGUUGUCAUUCCCGCUGGUGUCCCAAGGAAGCCCGGAAUGACGCGUGACGACCUGUUCAACACUAACGCCUCUAUCGUCCGUGACCUUGCCGCUUCGGUAGCACGUGUAUCCCCAGAAGCUCACAUCCUCGUCAUCUCCAACCCCGUCAACUCCACCGUCCCCAUUGUCGCUGCUACUCUCGAGAAAGCCGGUGUCUUCAACCCAGCACGCGUCUUUGGUGUAACAACCCUUGAUGUCGUCCGUGCGGCCCGUUUCCUUGCUGGUGUCUCCGGCGUUUCCCCCUCAGAAACGGUUGUUCCCGUCGUUGGAGGACAUAGUGGACCGACGAUUGUUCCCCUCCUCUCGCAAACCAAGUACGGAAAGAGCAUCAUCGGCGAAGUGUACGACAAGCUCGUCCACAGAAUCCAAUACGGUGGUGAUGAGGUCGUCAAGGCUAAGGACGGCGCUGGAAGUGCUACCCUCUCCAUGGCUUACGCUGGUGCCAAAUUCGCCAACGCUCUUCUCCGUGGAUUGAACGGCGAGAAGGGUGUUAUCACCCCCACCUUCGUCAAGAGCCCCCUCUUCGCUGACCAAGGCAUCGACUUCUUCUCUUCCCUGGUUGAACUCGGCCCUAACGGUGUUGAGAAGAUCCACCCCAUUGGUGAACUCUCUGCUGAAGAGCAGAAGCUCCUUGAGGCUUGCUUGCCUGAGUUGAAGAAGAACAUUGAGAAGGGCAAGGCUUUCGUCGCUUAG